AUGUUCACACUGUACAAGAUAGAUGAACUUGACAUCCCAGCAGAAGCUCCAUUUGUAGAGACAUUGACAGUUAAUGGGACAGACACACAGUUUGAGCUGGAUUCAGGUUGUGGGGUAACAGUAGUGAACCACUCAGUGUUCAAAACACCAGGGGGAAAAGAGGCACCAAAGCUACGCCCAUGUCGGGUUAGGCUCAAAACAUACACAGGGCAUAAGGUCAAAGUCUUAGGAGCAGCUGUGGUUAAAGUGCAGCACAAAGGGCGAGCACUAGACUUACCUGUGGUAGUGGUAGGAGGUUCAGGCCUCAGUCUAUUAGGCAGGCACUGGAUUAGGAGGCUAGGUUUACAGUGGAGAGCAGCACCCCAGGUCCAUCGCCUCCAGGUAGAGACCGCAGAGGAGGUCCAGGAGAGUCCAGAAACCCAAAUCCACAAUGUGGCAGAAGUGACCUUGGAGCAGGUACUGGGGGAGUAUGGGGAGGUUUUCAAAGAUGAACUUGGGCGAUUUCAAGGCCCCCCAGCAAAAAUAUAUGUGGACAAGGAAGCAGCCCCCAGGUUUUUUAAAGUCCGGCCUGUCCCAUAUGCCAUGAGAGGAAGAGUGGAGGCUGAGCUUGACAGACUCCUUGCCCAGGAGAUCAUCGAACCUGUAAAACAUUCUGAGUGGGCUGCACCUGUGGUCCCUGUGUUGAAGUCUGAUGACACAGCAAGACUGUGUGGAGAUUACAAACUGACUGUAAACCAGAUCUCAAAACUGGAGCAGUACCCAAUUCCCAGAAUUGAGGACCUGUUUGCCACGCUUUCAGGUGGACAGAAAUUCUCAAAAUUAGAUCUGAGUCAUGCCUAUCACCAGAUUCCCUUGGACAAAGAAGCAAAGAAGUAUGUGACCAUAAAUACUCACAAAGGGUUGUUCACAUACAGAGUGCUACCUUUUGGCGUUUCAUCAAGCCCAGCGAUAUUCCAACGGACAAUGGAGGGACUGCUACAGGGCAUCCCUCAUGUGACCAUCUUCCUGGAUGACGUCCUCCUCACAGGAAAGAACCGCGAGCACCUGCAGACUCUAGCCACGGUGCUGAAACGGCUACAGGAGGCCGGUCUCAGACUCAAGAGGACCAAGUGCCUAUUCAUAAAUGAGGAAGUGAUGUUCCUGGGUCAUAAAGUGGACGCAACAGGACUGCACCCAGUACAUGAGAAGGUACAAGCAAUCAAAGAGGCACCCACACCUUCAAAUGUAACAGAGCUGAAGGCGUACCUGGGACUGUUAAACUAUUACAACAAGUUCCUGCCCAAUCUUUCAACUGUUCUUGCACCAGUACACAAACUGCUACAAAAAGACACAAAGUGGCAGUGGGGUGAAGCACAACAAGCUGCUUUUGACAAGUCAAAGGAAAUGAUGCAGUCUGCUGAGGUCCUUGUGCACUAUGACCCAGAGAAGGACAUUGUACUGUCAUGUGAUGCAUCACCCUAUGGAGUAGGUGCCGUGUUGUCGCAUCACAUGCCUGAUGGAACAGAGAGACCCAUAGGAUUCACCUCAAGAACCUUAAACACGGCUGAAAAGAAUUAUUCACAGCUGGACAAGGAAGGACUAGCAGUGAUGUUCGGUAUAAAACGGUUCCACAAGUACAUUUAUGGAAGGAAAUUCACUAUUGUGACAGAUCACAAGCCCUUGUUGGCACUCUUCAGUGAGAUGCGAGCUGUGCCACAAAUGGCCUCACCCAGAAUACAGAGGUGGGCGGUAACCUUGAGAGCCUACGAAUACACAAUAGUGUAUAAGGAAGGGAAGUAUCACUGCAAUGCAGAUGCCCUGAGCCGCCUUCCUUUACCAGAGGAAGCAGAGGAGAAGCGUGAAGAGAGGGUUCUCAUGCUGGAGAGCUCUGACAUCACGCUGGUGACAGCUGAUCAAGUGAAAGCAUGGAUAGACAAAGAUCCAGUACUCUCGAAGGUGCGGGAGAUGGUCCAAAAUGGCUGGUCAUCAAAAGUAAAAGGGGAGGAGUUUGCCCCCUAUGAGGUGAGGAAAUAUGAACUCAGCAUCCAAAAUGGGUGUGUGUUAUGGGGUUCGAGAGUGAUUGUGCCAAAACCAGGACAAGAAAAUGUCAUGAGACAGCUUCAUCAGUGCCACCCAGGAGUGUCCAGAAUGAAAGCACUGGCUAGGAGUUAUGUAUGGUGGCCAAAGUUGGACAAAGAGGUGGAGGAUACUGUCAAGGGCUGUAUGACCUGUCAAGAGCACCGCAACAUCCCUGCACCAGCCCCAUUACACCCGUGGGAUUGGCCGGACAAGCCUUGGAGCAGUAUUCAUGUUGAUUAUGCUGGACCGUUUAUGGAGAAAAUGUUUUUUGUGCUCAUUGAUGCACAUUCAAAAUGGAUGGAUGUGUAUCCAGUGAACUCUGCCACUUCAGCCACCACAAUUGAGUGCCUGCGUACCAGCUUUAGCAACCAUGGACUGCCUGAGUUGUUGGUGUCUGAUAAUGGCACUUGUUUCACCAGCACAGAGUUCAAAGACUUUCUGAGCAAAAAUGGUGUCCGUCAUGUGACCUCUGCACCCUACCAUGCUGCCAGUAACGGAUUGGCGAGGGCGGUACAAACUUUCAAGAGAAUGAUGAAAAAAUGUCCAGAGGGCACACUGACAGCUAAGGUAGCCAGAGUGUUAUUUAGCUACAGAGUGACGCCUCACACAACAACCGGUCUAUCUCCUGCAGAGCUACUUCUCGGGAGGAAGCUACGUUGCACCCUGGACUCAAUUCACCCAGACCUAAGCAGGAAAGUGAUGAAAAAACAAGAACAACAGACAAAAGAUCACAACAAAAAGGCAAAGGGACGCUGGUUCAAAACAGGAGACUCAGUGCUGACCCAGAACUUCAGUCUCGGACCUAAGUGGAUCCCGGGAAUUAUUGAGUCAGUGACAUGACCUGUGUCAUACAAGGUCAUGCUGGGUGAUGGGAGAGUAGUGAGGAGACAUGUGGAUCAGAUUCACACCCACCAUCAGAGACCCGAAGAAUGCAACAACCCUCCACAGACUGUCUCUAUUCAGCUAAGUCAAGCUGACGGAAGAAAUGAAGCAUGGCUGGAAGCUGAGGAGGUGGUACUCAGUGAUGACAAGUUGGAGGAGCCAGCAGCUACUGAAGCUGUAGCAAGCUCAGAGACUGAACUAAGAACUGUAACAAACACAACUCCAGUGAGGAGACAGUCAAGAAGGGAAACUAAGUUGCCUAGUUACCUCAAGGACUUCAAAGUGAACUAAGAGAGACUGUAAAAAA